UUCCGGCCGCGGCCCGCGGCGGUUGCGGGCAGUACAUAAGAGCGGUGCUAGCCCUGGCUGACCGCGGUCAUGAACUUUUCGGAGUCAUUCAAGCUCUCCGGCCUGCUUUGCAGGUUCUCCCCGGACGGCAAGUACCUGGCUUCCUGUGCCCAAUACCGGUUAGUGGUCCGGGAUGUGAAGACCCUUCAGAUCCUUCAGUUGUAUACAUGCCUGGACCAGAUCCAGCACAUAGAGUGGUCAGCAGACUCCCUCUUCAUCCUGUGUGCCAUGUACAGACGGGGGCUUGUGCAGGUCUGGUCCCUGGAGCAGCCAGAAUGGCACUGCAAAAUCGACGAGGGCUCUGCAGGGCUGGUUGCUUCCUGCUGGAGUCCGGACGGCCGCCACAUUCUGAAUACAACUGAAUUCCAUCUGCGAAUAACCGUCUGGUCCCUGUGCACAAAAUCUGUAUCUUACAUCAAGUAUCCCAAAGCCUGUCAGCAGGGAGUAACUUUCACCAGGGAUGGCCGCUACCUGGCCUUGGCAGAGAGGCGAGACUGCAGGGACUAUGUGAGCAUCUUCGUGUGCAGUGACUGGCAGCUCCUCAGGCACUUUGACACAGACACCCAGGAUCUCACAGGGAUCGAGUGGGCACCAAAUGGCUGUGUGCUAGCAGCGUGGGACACUUGCUUAGAGUACAAGAUCCUGCUGUACUCCUUGGAUGGCCGCCUGCUCUCAGCAUACUGUGCCUAUGAGUGGUCCCUGGGCAUCAAGUCUGUGUCUUGGAGUCCCAGCAGUCAGUUCCUGGCCAUUGGGAGCUAUGAUGGAAAGGUGCGCCUCCUUAAUCAUGUGACCUGGAAGAUGAUCACCGAGUUUGGGCAUCCUACAGCCAUUAAUAAUCCCAAGACAGUUGUAUAUAAGGAAGCUGAGAAGAUCCCACAGCUGGGGCUGGGCCACCUGUCCUUCCCACCACCCCGUGCAAUGGCUGGUGCCCUCUCUACCUCAGAGAGCAAAUAUGAGAUCGCCUCUGGGCCAGUGUCCUUGCAGACUCUGAAGCCGGUAGCUGACAGAGCGAACCCUAGGAUGGGUGUAGGGAUGCUGGCUUUCAGCUCUGACAGCUACUUCCUGGCAACAAGAAACGACAAUGUCCCUAAUGCUGUCUGGAUCUGGGACAUUCAGAAGCUGAAGCUGUUUGUGGUACUAGAGCACAUAUCUGCAGUGCGCUCAUUUCAGUGGGACCCACAGCAGCCAAGGCUGGCCAUCUGUACAGGAGGGAGCAAGGUGUACCUGUGGUCCCCAGCAGGCUGUGUGUCAGUGCAGGUACCUGGGGAAGGUGACUUUCCAGUGCUUGGACUGUGCUGGCAUUUAAGUGGGGAUUCCUUGGCCCUCCUUAGUAAGGAUCACUUCUGUCUCUGCUUUCUGGAGACCAAGGAGGGGCUUGGCACAGCCUGUGGACUACAGGAUGGCCAUGCCUAGGACCUGAGUGGAAACUGAGGCAGCAGGCCCUGCUGGUCCCAACAUAAGCAACAGCUGCACAGUCUCUCCACAUGGGAUGCGAUGCUCAGUUUUCUGUAGUGAGGCGUUUCUGUAAAUAUGUAUAAAGUUGUAAUAUAAAAUAGGUAUUUGCUAAUUCACGGAACAAGGGUGAUCAUUUUCCUCAAGGCCUUAGGUCACAGGUUCAAGGUCUGUCUUGGGAGGAUGAAGAAUCCUUAUGACUCUUUGCUGUUUCCUGAGGCCUUCUUUCAGAGUGCUUUGGAAUGAGGGUGACUGCUGUCCCACCUGUCCUGACUGCUGUCUCACCUGUCCAGCCCCUACUCAGAAGUGCUGUGAGACCCAGCACCUGUGCCAGUCCCCAUGUGGGAGGUCUCUGGCCCAACAAGGCAGUUUGGCAGAGAGUCCUGGGUUUCUGCCUGGUAUAGUACCACCAAACAUACAUCCGUAUCUCUAACAAAUGCCUUGAAAGCAGCCAGACCAGACUGUUGGGACUUGCGAACCAGGAUUCUAACCUGAACUGUGCACUUAACCCAUCCGAGUUCUUGUAAAGAGGACUACCAGGGAGGGUCCACAGCCAGCCAGCAGGUUCAGUCCCUUGGGCCUCAAGAUAGUCUGUGGUUGGCAUACCUGUUUUGUGACAGUAACUUCAAAAAGGAGCAACUCCAUUUGGUUUUCAAUGUCUUUACUACAAGACCAAAAGCACUGGGUAAAGACCAGGUGCAUCUGAGGUCACCUUUCCUCUUGAUCAAACCAUAGCAUUCUGGUCACAUCCAUGCUGGUUAACUUAAAGCAGAGGUAUCGAGUGACAGGCCAGCAUCUACAGUGUAAUGAAUGACAAGAGCUAGAGCAUGGGGCAAGCUGGGUGUGGCUGGCGUGUUAAAGCUCAGCAGAGCUCAGUGGGGCUGAUGUUACCUGGGGUGUGUGGGGCAGCAGGCUGGUCUGUUUAUUAAUAAACAUGCACUUUUUAAACCAAA